AUGCUAAUCCACCCGGCCAUGUUCAGCUUCAGCUAUCCUAACGGCGAACCUCAAACUCCCACGAGGACCCCUACCACGGCCGCUUUCGACUCCUUCACUACUCCGAAACUCGAGUCGAGUUUCUUUGACCCCCGGGUCACCUGGGAUACCGCCGACCCUUAUGCCUCCAGUCCCGAGUUUCUACGGUCCCCUCAGAAGUUCGCUCUCGGCACCCCCUCAAAUCCGUUCAAGACAGAAUCCCUCGACCAACGCGUAGGAGACUUUAAGGAUGGAAGGAUUUUGGAACAGACGGAUACUGCGAGGCGCAUUCGUCCCGUGAAGCCAAUGCCGGAUAUAAGUGAGGAUGGCCCACGGAUAGAGGAUUCUGCAAAGUCCGCAGCUUCAAUGCAGACACCACCUCCUACCAGUGCGUCAAGGCGGAAGAUCCCCGACUUCGACCCGCUGGCCAGUGUCGGGAGAGGCACUACUCCCCGGACAGGAACCCAUCUGGAGACCCCCAGCCGACUGCUGGGAGAGUCCCCGCGGAUGUUUGGCAACCUGCAAUCAUCGCCAGAUUUCUUCCAGCUGGCUUCGUUGGACCCCACAGGGUCUCCCCUCUUUCCACAGCAGCGACUGUUCUGGGACCAGGAGCAUGAACCACCAGCACGCGACCUCCCUCUUCCGGGCACCCACAGAAAUGCUGAUCACCCACCAAAAUCCAUCUCGAACGCUGCAAUUAAGACACACAUCCCGCAGCUGCCAACCAUUGACGGCUCCAUGGACUUGCCAGAAUUCAGCGGGUUUGGAUUCUCAGCCCAGCCUACCGAUGCAGCCCUGUUUCCCGCUCCAUUCUCCACCUCCCCUCGACGGCCCAUGGCCAAGGCAGAAGACCCUGCCAUGUUCUUGAGUUCGCCUGCCCGCCGGUUUGGUGGACCUCAGAUGACGCCGGAACGAAAAUUCCUGCGUGGAUUGCGACAGCCUUAUCACCACCAGAUUGAGGAAUCGAAACGGGAAGAGCUGCUGCGGUCCCAUAGUCAAGAUCGCCAGGGCUUCGGCUCCUUUUCGAGCGUAUCAGAUGACGAUGAUCAUACACCUAGGGUACGGCCGGGGUUGACCAGGAGUGUCACACACACUGCUUUGACGAGCUCCUCCCAUCGCCCGCUUAGCCAGGCAGGAAAGGCCUCCAACGGGGUUCGCAAAAGCCCUUCAAAAGGACGAGCAUCUCCGGUUAAAGGGAUGCGUCCUGCUUCACUAGCACGAUCUGCCUCGGCCGCUACAUUCCCCACUCGUUCCCAGUCUGUCGUGCUUCGUAUUGGACGAGAUGGUCGAGCAAAGGCUGAAAUGCAGCCUGUUGAUGAGGGGCCCUCGGGGUUGACUGAUCCUCUAACUGGGAUGGAUCUCGACGGAUCUGCCACUGAGAGUGAAACUGACCCUGCCGAGUACUCAGAGUAUCCUGUCCUGCCUCGGUCCCAAUCAUCUUUCUCUUUGUUGGACAGCCACUGUCCUAAUUUGGCCCGAAGUGACUCUGGGUCCCGGCCCCCAUCCAAGGGGUCCUAUGCCUCCAUUGGCUCAUCACACUCUGGGCGCAUGUCUCCUUGGGCUGGAUCUUCUCGGAAUGUCUCUGGUAGAUCUACAUAUCGUGGGUCGCCGGAGGCUAUCAAGCGGACCCCAAAGCGACAAUCAUCAUUUCUUCACUCUGAUGCGACUUAUACUCGGGGUAGCGUGACGUCCCAGUCCCUGCCUGGGGAUGAGGAUGGCAGUGGUGAUGCCCAGGCUGCUCUCCGACAAGUCCUCAAAGAACGUGGCCGCCCCAGGCCUUCUACUGGUGGCUACGGGGCUCGUCUCGCCCGAUCAUCACACUCAUUUGCUCAUCUCCAGUCAUCCCCCCCCUCGCAUGCAUAG